AUGGCACGAACAAAGCAGACAGCUCGCAAGUCCACUGGCGGCAAAGCACCGCGCAAGCAGCUGGCCACCAAGGCGGCUCGCAAGAGCGCUCCGGCCACCGGUGGUGUCAAGAAGCCCCACCGCUACCGCCCCGGCACCGUGGCCCUGCGCGAGAUCCGCCGCUACCAGAAGUCGACCGAGUUGCUAAUCCGGAAGCUACCUUUUCAGCGCUUGGUACGGGAGAUCGCACAGGACUUUAAGACCGAUCUGCGCUUCCAGAGCUCGGCGGUGAUGGCGCUGCAGGAGGCUUGCGAGGCCUACCUAGUGGGGCUAUUUGAGGACACCAACCUGCUCGUUUUGCUCAUUAUGUCUGGCCGCGGCAAAGGCGGGAAGGGUCUCGGCAAAGGCGGCGCUAAGCGCCACCGUAAGGUGCUGCGCGACAAUAUCCAGGGCAUCACCAAGCCGGCCAUCCGGCGCCUUGCUCGCCGUGGCGGCGUGAAGCGCAUUUCCGGCCUCAUCUACGAGGAGACCCGCGGGGUGCUGAAGGUGUUCCUGGAGAACGUGAUCCGGGACGCCGUCACCUAUACAGAGCACGCCAAGCGCAAGACGGUCACCGCCAUGGAUGUGGUCUACGCGCUCAAGCGUCAGGGCCGCACCCUCUACGGUUUCGGCGGUUGAACGUCCUUUUCUAUCAAUAAAAGGCCCUUUUCAGGGCCCC